AUGCGGUCCCAGUCGGUAGCGCUCGCUGACCCGGCCACGGCCUACACUUUAUCGGAGAAGCUCGGUACAGGCUCUUUUGGGACAGUAUGGAAAGCGUCGAACAACGAGACCAAGCAGAUUGUCGCUAUCAAGAUGAUCGACCUCGAGAGCAGCGACGACGACAUCUCCGAAAUCCAAGCGGAGAUAGCCCACCUUUCCACCUGUCUCUCGGACCAUGUCACGCGGUACUACGGGAGCUUUGUCCGCGGGUACAGGCUUUGGAUUGUCAUGGAGUAUCUGGCCGGAGGGAGCUGUCUUGACCUGCUUAAACCCGGGAUUUUCAACGAAGGUCAAAUCGCCAUCGUUUGCCGGGAACUCCUCCUCGGCCUGGCGUACUUGCACGACGAGGGCAAGAUCCACCGGGAUAUCAAGGCUGCGAAUAUCCUGCUUUCUGCUGAGGGCGCUGUCAAGCUCGCGGACUUUGGUGUCGCCGCCCAGCUCUCUUCCCACGCCUCUCAGCGGCACACCUUUGUCGGCACCCCAUUCUGGAUGGCCCCCGAAGUGAUCCGCCAAGCGGGAUACGACUCGAAGGCUGAUAUCUGGUCUUUGGGUAUCACCGCCAUCGAGAUGGCGAAAGGAGAGCCACCUUUGGCGGAGUAUCACCCCAUGCGCGUGCUGUUCUUGAUUCCGAAAGCUAAGGCGCCGAUGUUGGAGGAAGAAGAGGCUAGCCCAGAGUUCCGGAGUUUCCUGGCUAGGUGUUUGCAGAAGGAUCCGAGGGAUCGAGCAACAGCCCGGGAGCUCCUUAAUCACCCAUUCAUCCGAGGCGCCCGGUCCACUCGACACCUACAAGACCUCAUAUCCCGACACGCAGGCUUCCGAGCCGCCCAGCCCAAAGCUCGCAGCACCCCCAGCAAGACUCUCACGCGCCAAGCGAUGGGAUCGAGCGGGCUCACCAUAAAUGGACCCCCCGGAGCAGGAGAGAUGGGCGAGUGGAACUUUGACGAGACGAUAAGGGGGACUAUGAAGGGUAUGAAGGUAAAUCUGGACUUGGCGGGGUUGGAAAUUGGGGAUAGUGAUGAAGAAGGAGAAGGGGAGUGGGAGCAUGGCCGGAGAGUACAGCUGAUAUCCCAGUCUUCAGAGAUAUCGUUACCUCUGCUCGAGCCGUCCUCUUAUGCCACUCCCGGAUCGAGCGGCUCGCCUCAGACGCCGCAGACAGACAUGGACAUCCCGGACGAGCCGUACUCGCCAGGCGGGAAAUCUACCUGGAAAGAACGGCAUAAUGAGGGAAGGGGGACUAUUCUCAAGCAGGGCGAUAUUGGAGAUGGAUAUUCGACAGUCCGACCCGUAAAGAAGCUAGAUGCGGCCGCGUCUCAGCGUAUGUCUACCGAGUUUAUCGGAUCCGGCUCGGUUCGGCGCAUGCCUACCAUUCCUUCUGCGGCUCCGAGUCCGAGCGGUGCAGGUCUCGAUAGCCCCAUGAAGCCUCGAGCUCCACUAUCGGCCAGAGGGCGGGCGGGGCAGGUACUGGUUGAAGAGGUUAUGCUGGGUGUUCUUGAUUCGACUGCGGCGGGAGACCACGAUGCGCCAACAGCCGAAGCGCUCCAGCUCAUUCGGAAAGGCUUUGCGGACUUGGGAGGUCAUAAUCCCGAAAUGGCCUAUCGGGUAGUGAUGGAUGUUCUGGGCGGGAUCAAGCAGAACGACGUCGUCCACGCACACGUCCGAAACAUGUCUAUCGCACGACACAUCUCCGCCCCAUCCCUCCCUACCUCCUCAGCACGAUUAGCGGGGGUUGGAAAGGGCAGAGGUGAAGAAGCGAGUGGGGAGAAGGUUCAGGAUAGAAGUCCACUGGCGGAUUUGUUAUACCUCAGAUGGCUGGAUGGACUGAGGUUGAAGUGGCCGGGGUCUUGA